AUGAGUUCAAGGGAACAUCUACCAGAAGUAUUACUUUUCAAGUUGCAAAGAACAGAUUCUCAAAUUGUUCAAUUGAAAGAAGAUGGGGUGGGUACGUUACCAUUAUUACAAGAGUCAAGUGAAUCAAAGGUAAGUAGAACUUUUAUUUGUGUCGUGAGCCGAAAAUUUGAAGAAGAUGCCAAUGAUGAAGAUGAAGAGAAUGAUUCAGAUAAACAUUUAUCAGAUGAUGAAGACUCAAAUGCAGAAGAUUUCUAUAAAAAUGAUUAUCCUGAAGAUGAAGAGGAUUAUUCAGAUGAUGAAGGUAAAUCAGAAUCUUCAAUAGAGAUCCUAACCGAAUCAAUGAUAAAUUCACAGCAGCAGAGUACUAAUGAAGAUACGCUUGCUCAAUUACAUGAAGAACUAGGGGAAGAGUUCGAAGACUUAUAUGAUGAAUUGUAUGACGAUGAAGGUAAUGGUCCUUCAAAUUUUCUUGACAAUGGUGAAGACUUGGACUAUGAAAGACAGCAUUUUUUCCUUGGAGAUGAAGAUGAUGAAUUAGCUCAACACCGUGACAAGAUCUUUGGGAAAUUACAAAAAAUGAUAGAUGAAGAUAACUGA